GUUUCAGUUUCAGAUCAUAUAAACGAUUUCGGCGAUUGUUCGGUGCAUGACGAGCGCAUCGGAACUCUUCUCUACACGAAGAUCACGUCCGGGUCGAUCCGACCCGGAUUUAGAAUCCGACUCUUCUUCUUAUCGACACUACUCACACCAUCAUCAUCAUCGCCGUCACGGCGUCAAUCAUCAUAAUCAACGUCAUGAUUCCGACGGCUGUGAUCCUCUCCGGCGACCCACUCCCCGUCUCCGACGCUUCUGUCACCUUCCGGAACGUAGUAGACCUAUUCGUGAUGUUCAAGGCACUGGUCAGUAUUUGAAUACAGACAGUACUGAUACUGAUACUCAAAGUAGCAGCUUUGUUAACCUAAAUGGAUCCGAGAGGCUUCCUGGAGCUGUUCUGCUCGCAAGGGCUAGACUUUUCGAAAGAUUGAGAGGUGUUUCUUUGUCUAGUAACAGUCGAAGCAACAGAGUUUCAUUGGGAGAUGAUCAAAGGGAGUCCUCAUUUCAUUCUAUAGAUGGAGAUCCGGUUUUUCAACUAGAAGGGCUUCAAGUGUCCUAUGAAUGCAACAAGAAACCACAAGGUCUUACUCAAUAUGCUAUUAACUGUUUACACCGGCAAACUUUUAGCUCAGCCGAGGUGAAUACCGAGAUGAGAGAUUGUAGCAUAUGUUUAGAGAGUUUCACAAAAGGCGACAUACUUAUAUCCUUACCAUGUACCCAUAGUUUCCAUUCUUCUUGCUUAAACCCUUGGCUUAGAGCUUGUGGAGAUUGUCCUUAUUGCCGUAGAGCCAUAGCUAAGGAAUAGAAACUUGUAAAUAGAAUCUUUGCCUAACC